AUGGCAGGCAGGCGACCGUGCAUUCUGGUGUCCAACGACGAUGGUAUAGAGGCGCCCGGGCUCGUGCAGAUGGUGGAGGUCAUCGGACGCGCAGGAUUUUGCGACGUGUACGUCUCGGCACCUGACGGCGAGCGAUCCGCGCAGAGCUCUGCCAUCACCCUGGGCCGUCCGCUCACCGCGCGACCCUGCCAGGUGCCUGGCGCCGUGGCUGCGUACGCGAUCGACGGCUCCCCGAGCGACUCCUCGAUGCUCGCGCUGUGCUCGGAGCUGUUCGCGGGCGUCGCGUUCGACGCGUGCGUCACCGGCAUCAACCGCGGGGACAACGCGGGCAUGCAUGUCGUGUACAGCGGCACCGUCGGCGCCGCGCGCGAGGCCGCGAUGAAGAACAUUCCCGCCCUCGCCCUGUCGCUCAACAACUUCCGCGGACCGGCCGACUACGUCCACGCCGCGAGGAUGCUGCUGCCGCUGCUGAAGGCGGUGCUGGGGCUCGUUCCGGUGCGCGGCGCCAGCAAGGACGAGGUGCGCGACGCGCUGUCCGCCUCCGUCAUCAACCUCAACUUCCCCAUGUUGCCGUACGACGAGAUCAAGGGAUACUGCAUUGCGUACCAGGGCCUGACGUCACUGAUCAUUGACUUCUUCGAGGACGACGAAGACAUGGGCCCCGCGGAGACGCUCGCCGGGGACGUCAGCCUGUACCAGGGCGGCGGCAGCGACGCGUCGACGGCGAGUCACGACGCAGGCGGCGACGCGGCGGCGAAGAGCACCAACGCCGUCGUGGGCGGCAACGUGAGCUCGGCGCACGGCGGGCCGAGGGUGUUCAAGAAGCGCUGGGGGCGGCUCGUGCGCGACCAGAGCGUGGGGAGCGACGUCUGGGCCAUGGACGGCGGGUGGGUUGCUGUCACCCUGGUUGGGCUGCAGUCGGACGUCACGCCGUCGCGGGACGCGUACCGGGCCGCCGCGGGGGGGCGGCUGUGGCGGAUGGAUGCGGGCGGGGAGCAGGCGGCUGCGGAGGUGCCGCCUGCGGGGAAUCGAGGGGUUGGGGCGGAAAGUGAGUUGCCGUUUCCCUUUAUGCGAAGCCACGAGGAGCUGGCGGCGGCGAGGUACGGCGAGCGGCGGCUGAAGGUCGUGGGGGCGCUCGUGGCGGCGGCGGCGGCGGAGACUGGCAAGCCUGCGCUGAGCUGGGGUCCGUUUCUUUCCUAA